GAAGACUGCCGAGUGUGCCAAUACUAGCAUAAGCGUUUCCCAAAAGCAAGGCCUUGCAAUGCGCGUGCAAAUCCUCAAACGCUGGUUUCGGUCUUCUCUCAUCUUCUGCUUAUUCUCAGUCUCCAUAGACUCUACUCUCUGAACCCAAAUCUGGGUUGCUGUUGAAGCUUCUACUCUUCAUCCCUUGCUAACCUUAACCCUUUCCUCUUUCAAGACCCCCCACAAGGAGGAGGAGGAGGAGGAGGAGGAAAGUUCACUUCUUUCCGGCGAUUUCUCCGAUCCGGCAGCCCACUCAAUGUCCAUCACCGGAAACAACAACAUUCCCCAUGGAAUCCCUCUCUCCAGCGGCGGUGGAGGAUUCUGGUGGGCGGUAGCUGGUCCUAACUCCAGAAUAGCUUUAGCCGUCACGGCUUUGGCCGGAAUCGCCGUGUUCGCCGCCCUUUUUUACACUACUAGUAGGUAAUCAAUGAGGGGAAAAAAUCAUUCUCCUUUGCUUUGUAGGUAGCAAGUGAGAGAGAUAAGAGAGAGUUAGAUUUUGCAAUUCUUGUUUGUUCUUUUGGUUUUGUGGGAUUUUUAAGUAGUUGUCAGGAAAGUGAAGUAAAUGAAAGCUUUAAGACGAAGUCAUACUUCGUCGUCGUCAUCAAAUUCGUCUUCUCCAUCAUCUUCAUCAUCAGGGUCGUCUUCGUGGAUUCACUUGCGUUCUGUUCUUUUAAUUGUUAAUUCUUCCUCACCAGCGUCUUGUUCCUCUUCUGAUCGGGGCCAUCUUAAGUCACCAUGGUCUCGCAGGAAAAGAAAACACGCCCUUACUCCUCGGCAAUGGGGGAGAUUGUUUACACCAGAUGGGAAACUCCAUGAUGGUGGAGUUAAAUUUUUGAAAAAAGUUCGGAGUGGAGGUGUAGAUCCGAGUAUUAGAGCAGAGGUCUGGCCGUUCCUCCUUGGAGUGUAUGAGUUGAACAGUUCUAAAGAAGAAAGAGAUACUAUAAGAACCCAGAAAAGAAAGGAAUAUGAGAAACUCCGCAGACAGUGCCGAUGGCUCCUCAAACACAGCAAUGAGAGCUUUAAGUUGAAUGGGAGUAGCGAACCAAGCGGCAAUGUGGAUAGCGGAAGUCUUGUUCAAGAUAUGGACUCUUCUAGUUAUGAAGAUGUGGUUAGUGCAAGGGAAUCCCUUUCCAGUGAGGAAAGGAGUCUAGAUGUUGAGUACUCUGAUGAUCCCUCUAGUACACUGUUGGAAGUUGAUGAUAAUUCAAGACAGCAGAUGACAAACACUGAUGCCUCUGCACUGAACACUGAGUCAUCUGACUCAGACUCCUCUGAAGACCCCGAAGCAGUUAUUCAGGCUUCCUCUUCUUCAGGACAGGAAAAUAAUGGUCCUGAUGAGCCUUCCAAAGAGUUUACUUCUCCCUCAAGGACUGAGCUCCACUCGAGUGCACCUGCUGCUGAAAAUUUUGCUACUUGGCAGCGGAUAAUUCGUGUAGAUGCAGUGCGUGCCAAUUCAGAAUGGAUACCUUACUCUCCAUCUCAGGCUUCAGUAUCAGAGGAUAGAGCACGCUGUUCUGCAGAGGCUGUUGGGUUAAAGGACUAUGAACAUCUGGAACCCGGCAGAAUUUUCCAUGCUGCCCGAUUAGUUGCUAUUCUUGAAGCCUAUGCACUCUAUGACCCUGAAAUUGGCUAUUGCCAGGGCAUGAGUGAUCUACUUUCUCCGAUUAUUACUUUUAUUACAGAGGAUCAUGAAGCAUUCUGGUGUUUUGUGGGUUUCAUGAAGAAGGCUCGCCAUAAUUUUAGGCUCGAUGAAGUGGGAAUUCGAAGGCAAUUGAAUAUUGUUUCCAAGAUUAUCAAAUGCAAAGACUCCCACCUUUUCAGGCACUUGGAGAAGCUCCAGGCUGAGGAUUGUUUUUUUGUUUAUAGGAUGGUGGUGGUGCUGUUCAUGAGGGAGUUGACUUUUGAACAGACAAUUUGUCUCUGGGAAGUGAUGUGGGCAGAUCAGGCAGCCAUAAGGGCUGGCAUUGGCAAGUCAGCAUGGAGCAGGAUAAGGCAGCGAGCGCCACCAACAGAUGAUUUAUUGCUUUAUGCUAUUGCAGCUUCAGUAUUGCAGAGGAGAAAAUUAAUCAUAGAAAAGUAUAACAGCAUGGAUGAAAUUUUAAGGGAGUGCAAUAGCAUGGCUGGGCAACUCGAUGUGUGGAAGCUGCUAGAUGAUGCACAUGACUUGGUGGUCACCCUGCACGACAAGAUAGAGACAUCCAUCUGAUGGCUGCAUUUCAGUUAUGUCCGCUAACUCAUGUUAAUUCUUUUUCUUCUUUGGGAUAUUUGAAGUCUCCUUGUCACAACUUGGAAAAAGCACCACAGUGGCUAUUCAUUCUCAAUUAUGCUAGUUAGUUCUCAAAUGGCAUACUUGAGAAGAUUUAUUUAGGAUUGUUUGCAUCUAAUUCUACCACUCUUUGGAACCAGAGUCUCCAAACAGGUAGGGCCUGUUAUUAAGAUAUGGAAAAUGUGAUUCUCAAUAUUGGAUUCUCUUUGUAACUGGUUGUUGGCAGAAGCAGGAUUAGCUGCUUUAAGCUUCUUCUAACAGCUGAAUAAGAUUGUCUUGAAUGAUUUUAGUACUGAAUUAUGGUGUAGCAAAUAGCAAUGCUAUAAAUUCUUGAAGAGAGAUUCCUUUCCAACUAAA